AUGGUUGGAAAUCGGACAUGGUUUGGAGGGCUUUUUAACGGCUCAGGCAAAAGGCGACAAGUCAGUGCAGAGAAGAUAGUGCUUGAUCUAACCCCUCUACAGGAACAGAGACUGCAAAAUUUGAAGGAAAGGCUAAAUAUACCUUAUGACGAAAAUCGGCAAGAUCAUCAAGAAUCACUUAGGGCUCUUUGGAAAAUCUCCUUUCCUGAUACAGAGCUCACUAGCAUAGUUUCAGCGCAGUGGAAAGAUAUGGGGUGGCAGGGCAUGAAUCCAGCGACUGAUUUCAGGGGCUGUGGAUAUGUUUCGCUUGAGAACCUUCUAUUUUUUGCAAGAACAUAUCCGGCUUCUUUCAAGAGGUUGAUGCUGAAGCAGCAAGGAAUGCGAGCUACAUGGGAGUACCCCUUUGCGGUCGCAGGUGUAAACAUCUCAUACAUGCUGAUUCAACUGCUGGAGCUCAACUCAGUGCGUCCGAAAUCUUUGCCAGGGAUUAACUUCAUCAAAGUGUUGACAGAACACGAGGAUGCAUUCGACGAGCUCUACUGCAUAGCUUUCGAGAUGAUGGAUGCCCAGUGGCUAGCAAUGCGAGCCUCGUAUAUGCAGUUCAAAGAGGUGCUGGAGGCCACAAAGCAGCAGCUUGAGAGGGAGCUCUCCCUGGAGGAUCUCAAUGGCAUCCAUGACCUCCCAGCCUGCAACCUCUUGUACAAAUAG